AUGGAUUCCGUUUGCUCUGUUCCAGUCUGUACUCCGUUUAUCGCCCAUAUAACCUCGGCCCACCCAAAUCAAGUUCAGUGGUCUCUACCCAUCCAAAGGAUCCGAAACCAGUCAAUCAUGAUAUCCUUACCUUUCAACCAAUCGGCCAAUCACGCUAUACUUACCUUUCAACCAACCCCUUCGAUUCUUAUUCUGCAGCAGUAUAUAAUCUCGGUUCCUUACCUUAAUGUCUACAGCUCAAUUUCUUUUUCAGUGAUGGCAAGAAUCCGCGAAAGACGUUUUUUUCUUUUUCUUCUUUUUGUGUUCUUUCUGAAUGGCAGCAUAGCUCUCCCUCGUGCAGGAAUGCUGCACACUCUGCCGCAAAAGGGGACCACUUUCUUCCCCCGAAAAAUGCCAAUGCCAACAUCAGGGCCCAGCAAGCGGCAUAAUGAUGUUCCGAUUCCAGAAACAGUAGUAUAUGGUUCAAAACGCCUUGUUCCAUCCGGCGCGAAUCCCCUCCAUCACUAGUAUAGUGGAGGUCUUAUUUGUAUUGCAAUAAUGAAUCAAUGUACGAACACAAAUAAUGAGCAGACCUGCCCACUUUUCUAUGUGGGUUCAUUUCACAAUGUAUUUUUGUUUUGAAUAAAGAAGCGCGCCCCUGUUAGUGUAACGUAGGUGUCUU